CUGCCUGAGCUCCCUUCUGCGAAUCCAAGGUGAGUAGAGCGGGAUGCACCAGCCCUGUGCUCUCCUCCGCAGCGCUACCAGAGCCCCACAGGCCGGGCCCUGUGUACAGGAGGGAGAGGCACUGUGCACAGCUCUCUUCUUGUCCCCACCCUGUCCUCUGUCUAUCCCCCGUGGAAAGAGGUUCUGUUUUCAGAAGCAUGACUUCCAUUUUCUCUCCGUGCUCUUUCCAGCCAAGGUGACCAACGGAGUCAUUGAGAUGGGAGACAUUGGGAGCCAGUGUGAGGGGCUGAAUGACUGCAGCACCAUCGCUCAGCUCCAGACCUCAUCCAAAAUCGCAAGGGUGGUGUGCAGCAACUUCCCCCUGGAACAAACCGUCGACUUCAUGACGGCCAUCAAGGACACCUUCCGGAAAGCCAGGGGAAUGCGUGUGCGUGCAGCUGGGAAGUGGCUGAUCACCUUUCUGCAGAUGUACGGGAAGGACAUCUGUCGGGACGCGCUGAUGAUCCUCUACAUUCUGCGCAGCUGCACAUCAUCCGCGCAGCAGAGCACGUUCAUGCCCUUCCUGUGCCAGGCGGUGGUCAUCCUCACCCGCUGUCACAAAGAGGUCAUGAUUGACAACUUCUCCCGGCUGCCUAAGGCCACAGACAGUGAGACAUGGAGGAGAAUAAGAGAGUUUUGUCUUCAACGGUGGGGGCGGUAGAAGAGAGAAAAGAGAAGAGGACGAGGAAGAGGACGAGGAAGAGGAAGAGAGAGAAGAGAAGGGGAGGAGAGGGGAGGAGAG